AUGGCUGCCCGAACCAAGAAAGUCGCCGUGACCGGCAAGUACGGCACGAGAUACGGUGCCUCCCUGAGGAAGCAGGUUAAGAAGAUGGAGAUCACCCAACACGCCAAGUACCAGUGCACCUUCUGCGGCAAGACCACCGUCAAGCGACACUCGACUGGCAUCUGGAACUGCAAGGCCUGCAAGAAGGUUGUUGCCGGUGGUGCCUACACCGUCUCGACCCCUGCUGCCGCCGCUAUGCGAUCAACGCUCCGCCGUCUUCGCGAGAUUGCUGAGGUUUAG